GGUCCCCCUCUCUCUCGCUUUUGUUUCUUCGCUUUUCUCUCUGCGCUGUUCGUUUGCAUACCCAAGAUUUGGUUUUUGAGUGUGAUUGUGAAGGUUUUCGAGUCGACUAGAUAGAGAGAGAAAUGGGUAGCUCUGGAUUUUCAUGGAAACUCGAAGAUCACCCAAAGCUCCCUAAGGGGAAGAUCUUGGCUAUGGUGGUUUUGGAUGGGUGGGGCGAAGCAAAUCCCAAUAAGUAUAACUGUAUCCAUGUCGCUGAGACUCCCACCAUGGAUUCCCUAAAAACUGGUGCUCCUGAUAAGUGGAGAUUGGUGAGGGCACAUGGUAAGGCUGUAGGGCUUCCCACAGAGGAUGAUAUGGGAAACAGUGAAGUGGGUCACAAUGCUCUUGGUGCUGGGAGGAUUUUUGCUCAAGGGGCAAAACUGGUUGACCUUGCCCUUGAUUCUGGCAAAAUUUAUGAUGGAGAAGGAUUUAGUUAUAUUAAGGAAUCUUUUGCAACUGGCACAUUGCACCUCAUUGGGUUAUUGAGUGAUGGUGGUGUACACUCUCGACUUGACCAGUUGCAGUUGUUGCUAAAAGGUGCCAGCGAACGUGGUGCCAAAAGAAUUCGUGUUCAUAUUCUUACAGAUGGCCGCGAUGUUUUGGAUGGUUCAAGUGUAGGCUUUGUGGAAAUCCUUGAGAAUGAUCUCUCAAAAUUACGUGAAAAGGGUGUCGAUGCCCAGAUUGCAUCUGGUGGAGGCCGGAUGUAUGUCACAAUGGAUCGUUAUGAGAAUGACUGGGGUGUUGUGAAACGAGGAUGGGAUGCCCAAGUUCUUGGUGAAGCCCCACAUAAGUUUAAGAGUGCUGUUGAAGCGGUCAAGAAAUUGAGGGAGGGUGCCAACGAUCAAUACUUACCUCCUUUCGUUAUUGUUGAUGAGAGCGGGAAAGCAGUUGGUCCUGUAGUGGAUGGUGAUGCUGUUGUGACUCUCAACUUUCGAGCAGAUCGUAUGGUUAUGCUUGCUAAGGCACUUGAAUAUGAAGACUUUGACAAAUUUGAUCGCGUUCGAUUCCCUAAAAUUCGUUAUGCUGGAAUGCUUGAGUAUGACGGGGAGUUGAAGCUUCCAAGCAAGUACCUUGUUUCUCCCCCAGAGAUAGAGAGGACGUCUGGUGAAUAUUUGGUCCAUAAUGGCGUGUCUACGUUUGCUUGCAGUGAGACUGUCAAAUUUGGGCACGUCACUUUCUUUUGGAAUGGAAAUCGCUCUGGGUAUUUUAAUUCAGACAUGGAAGAAUAUGUUGAAAUUCCUAGCGAUUCUGGAAUUACAUUUAACGUGAAACCAAAGAUGAAGGCCUUGGAAAUUUCAGAGAAGGCUAGGGAUGCUAUUCUGAGCCGCAAAUAUCUCCAGGUACGUGUUAACCUACCAAAUAGUGACAUGGUGGGCCAUACAGGUGACAUUGACGCCACUGUUGUGGCUUGCAAGGCUGCUGAUGAAGCUGUGAAGAUGAUCCUUGAUGCGAUAGAGCAAGUGGGUGGAAUAUAUGUUGUUACCGCUGAUCAUGGAAAUGCUGAGGACAUGGUGAAAAGGAACAAGAAGGGGGAGCCUCAACUUGACAAGAAUGGCCAGAUUCAAAUAUUGACCUCUCACACUCUUGAACCAGUGCCUCUUGCAAUUGGAGGUCCUGGGCUGGCACCUGGCGUAAGAUUCCGCAAGGAUGUUCCUGAUGGCGGGCUUGCCAAUGUGGCUGCAACCGUGAUGAAUCUCCAUGGACUCGUGGCUCCUACUGAUUACGAGACUACCCUAAUUGAGGUUGUCGAUAACUAGCUCACCUUCAAAUAUUGAAACAACUCUAUUAUUUCAUAAAUUUUUGACUGAAGUAGAAAGCUUGGUGAAAGCAUGUUGAGUACACUCAUAUGUUGGGUUAAAUAAGACUCAAUGGACAAAGCCUUCCUAGGCUUUGCUUGGAUGAAAUUUUACUCUCACAAGUGGAUGACUUGAAUUUUGAGCUCUCACAAAUGGAUGACUUGAAUUUUGAGCUCUUGCUUGCUUUUUUUUUUUUUCCUUCUUUUUAUUAAAUAAAUUUUUGUAACAUUUCAUGUUUUAACAUGCA